AUGCUGCGUGGACGGUUGCGGCAACUGGCUCGGGCAGCGCCAGCCGACGCGCCGCUGGACAUGGAGGCCAUGGACACGACAGAAGACGACGCGCUCGAUGCGAUUGCCGGCGACGUGAUGGACGACACCUUGGCAGCGAUUCACAUGCUGCUCGGCCGGUACCACCGGGCGUACGCGACCUUUCCGUUGCCGUCGCUCGUUCUCGCCCAUCACAUCUACAGUGUUGUGCCCAACCGAACGCUUGUCGACCGACGCGUCCAUGAGCUGCGCAUGGACGGCACGCUGCUCAUGCUGCACGUCAAUCUACCAGGUCCCAACGUGCACGCGCUUCUCUUGACGCACGACUACACUGCUUUCCUCCUCGACCAGUCGAGAGGCAGCCGCGGCGCCCGCAUGUUUGCCAAGAUCCUACCGCGACUCUCGAUGCACUCGACGCUCGCCAAGAGUACGCUCUACGCGGAGAUGCGCGCACAGUUCACGCGGCGAGGGCGACCGCCGCCACCAGACGCGGCGCUCAAUAAGGACAUUGCGCACCUCGUGCACCUCGGCUUUCUUGUGGCCACGGUCGAGAUGGCCGUCGAUCGUUAUUACUUCUCGCUCCCGCGCCUCGGAGCGCUCAUCUCGGCGCUGCAUGUCGGCCGGCGCACGGUCCGCAUGCUUCUACAGCGGGCGCCGUACCGAGAAAUGACCGAGCACGACGUCCUCAAGCGCAAGGUCAAGUCGUCGCCCUUUGGCAUGAGCUACCACGUUCUCGAGAUGGCGCACGCAGGCCUCGUCGCCCGCGUUCCGACGGCGACGUCGUUUCUGCUCAAGUACACGGACCCGGCGGACGGACAAGCAUGA